UCUGUAGCUUCCCGGAUGCUCCCAUUGCAAGUGAACACAACACCAAGGCAAGGGGCGCAUACACAACUACAACUGCCUGCAAACGCCUGAUUUUGUUUCUAUUUAAUUGUUGGUAGUUGUCUUUUAAUCGCCCUGGAGCCUAUUGCACCAUCCAGUCAUGUGAGAAAGACUCGAGCUGCAUUACAAGAAGUACGGAGUGAGUUCCUUCAUCGGAAGAUAGCCUUGUGAAGGGAAAUUUCAUCAACAUUAUAUAUUUAUUUGAAUUUCAUCUCAGUCAAGUUUUUUUGUUGUUGUCAUGAUUCUGGGUGGAAAUACAGUCAUAUCUUUGCCAUCCAGCACUGAUGCGACAUACUAUGUAUCUAAUACGCGUGUCGCGGGCUCACUAACAGCAAAUGACCUGAAUACCAGCUUGCCAGCAUCCACAUGCAGUACUUAUCACGUAGGUCCAUGCAUUUGUCGUGGUGUGUCCGAAGCUUCCUAUUACACGUUGGAAAUGUUGCAUUUUUCUCCAAACCCCACGUCCCCCUGUGGUGAGCCACCUAAACAGGUUCUGUCCAAGAGCGAGCCACAAAGUACGCACACCCGUUCCAGCAACAAAGCAGAGGAGACGCCAUCUCUCGAGUCCACGUGUAACCAGGAUGUGAUAAGCAGCGCUACUGGACCUGUGCCCUUGUGGAAAACACUCAGGAGGAACUCUUCUGGUAUGAGGGGCAAAAAGCUAAUUGCUGUAGAUGUCGAAGACGACAAAAUCACUGAACUUGCAACACACGAAAACCUAAAUAGUGCAGCUAGUUGCUUGCAUCAGUCUUAUAGUUCAGCAUCGGCCUGCAGCCCAAUCCCUUGUGAAAAGGAAAACUCCAAACAAAUAUAUGUGUUUACCGCAAAAGAUGUUUACUGCAAAGAUAUUUAUGCCAAUGCUGAAAGUGUUGACAUUAAAACGCUUCCUUUUGACAGAAAAGAUAUCACACAUUUCAUAUUUGUAGAGAAAGAUUAUUGCAAUUCACAGUCAUCCCCCGAGAACCUUAAAACGAUGGAUAAAAAGACUGCAGAAAAUAUUCAAGUUAAAACGAAAAUAGCCCUCAAGUCGCCAAACCAAAAACCAUCUAAAAAGACAAGCAAGAAAUCCCAGGAAAGAGAAACACCAAAACAGAAGUUGCCUAAAUGUCUCCCUUCCCCAACUAAAGACACUUUCUUGUUGAAAACGUCAAGGCAAGCAUUGAAAUCGGCUGAUGAGAAAUCAGUAUCUCCAAGAAUGAUCUCUGAUUCAGUUAAAUCUAAGGCAAAAACAAAAAAAGUCAAGCGGGCUAAAAAGCAAAGCAUCUCAACUAGCAUAUCUUCAAAAACGGCACCCAAUGAACACGCACAUGCGCACUCCACUAAUUCUUCGGACACAGUCGCUAUCGCGUUGAAUAACGAGGGUAUGCCGAAAUUAAAGCAAGUAGAUAACCACGCAGCAUUGGCUGACUUGGCGCCCACAUUAAGGCCAUUCUCUGAUCAGGCAGAAAAGAUGCUUAGCUUAACCGAGAAGAAAACCUGCAUCCGGCCCGGAAAUAUGGACGAAAACGACACACUUAAUUCGCCAGAUUCUGGAAAAAGCUGCCACUCCCUUGGAGGCAAUUCUGAUACUAAGCCUAGUGUGUCCAGUUUUACAUCCCAACUUCCAGUGGAGAAAAAGUCAUCUCUGGCAACGAAUGACACACAAGAGAUAUCGCCUAAAAUGACAGAAGAGAUGGUUGAUAACAUAGAGUCAGACUCAAGCACGAGCGACGAAGAAUCCGACGAAUCGUGUUCACGUUCCAACCUAAUUGUCACGGCCCAAAGCUCACCCCGGGUACAGGAAGAGGUUGCGACACCAAGCGAACAGCUAGAGACGGUGUCUAAUUUCGUCACAAAAAUAUCCGACAUUUCUGGAAGCUUUAUCACUACUACUGGGAGUUCCUCUCAUGUGAAGAGACAUGCUCGUCAAUCCCAGAGCUCUGCUCUGCAUAAGCGUAGCACCGGCGAAGUCUUGGUCGGCAGCAAGAAGUACCGGAAGCCACGCACUCAAACGGAAGACAAUGCGUGUACCUCUCCUCACAUGAAGGCUGUUAGAUCAAUGUCAUGUCCGAUGAAUCCAAUGACAACACCAGAAUACGUUGAGGCAACCAGGAACACGGUUAUAGGAAGCAGUUCUAGCUUUUUAAAAGUUCUUAAAGGUCAGAGGAACUGGUAUCCCAAUGUUGUCACGUGGUUUCAGUCCUUGUUUAGUCGCGAUAAGGAUACGAUACGUAUGAGCAGCGCAGGCACUUCAAAAGACGAGCCUAGGCUCGAUCACAUUUCGCCAUGCUGCUCUAAAGAUGAGGCAAGACACUCGGGGCAAGACGAUUCCUUUAGUUCAGUUGUAUUGGACAAGCUCAGGCCUACUGGCCGCUGGGCCUCGGCCAAAGUCUCCACAUUAUUAAAACUGGAUGUUUCAUCUGAUGCGCCGUGCGACAAUAUGUUUGUUCCGGUGCUAACAAGUGACAGUUGUAUGAUAUGCCCAGAGGAAGACAUCGGACCAUGUCCUUACGGCGAGGAAGACGAGCAAGUCUGUGACGAAGGUCCCGUGACACCUCGAGUAAGCAAACGUAAGUAUACAUCCCCCAAAGGAAAACGGAGGCUGGAAAAAGAAAAAAGACAGAAAGAAAGAAGUCCAAGAAACCGAUUUCUGGAGUCCGAGAGGCCAGCUUCUAUUCUAGAAGAGCACGAAGAUGAAACCUCUGAGCCAACGUCACCCCCGAGCAAACCUUGCAUCUGGCAAAAACCACCAAAGCCUUGCGUCGCGGAAGAUGAGCCGAAAAGUCAAAAGAAAGUCGAAUCCCGGUGUACCUGGGGAUUGCCGGACCCACCACCCUCCGACAAAGAUGAGCCUCGUGAGUGUAAAACCACGGACCCGAUUCCACCAAAGAAAAAGACAGAAAUAAAGUUGGAGGAAGGUAAUCAAGAGAAGGAGUUGACGGCAACGUCUGCAGAAAAGAACCGGGUAGAGACCUUUUUCAUGUCAGAUGAUCAUGAUCGAUAUUCUAUAGCGUCCUUGGAUCUGGAAGGCAUUGGGGACGUGGACAAACACAAACUGGAAAGUCCAAAGAGAGCAGAAAAGGAACAAUCAAAACUGGACAUGAUGACUUUGACCAAGCUGGCCUCGCCAUCAUUGGUGUCAGGAGCUUUGAGUGCAGCAGGCAAUACUAUUUGGUCGCAGUUAGAAAAGAUCCGAGAUGCCAAUGUGAAAUACCAGUUCCCCCAGCGAAGAGGUUUAUAUGAACCCCCAAAGGCGUAUCCGAUGUGGUUGUAUGCAGAGCAGAUUCAACAAAUUCUCAACUUCUUCGGAAAAGGCCAAGAUACAGGAGCACAAAAAGACGCGACCAAAUUAAAGACGAAGUCUGACAUCAACACAAGGAGGCCAUCGUUUGAUGAGGCCGCUAAGGCUGCAGAUGAGGCCCGCCAAAACAAAGGGAAAGGCUCCGAUCGAGACAGUGGAAGCUCUUGGGCAACACCAUUGGCAGCGCAGCCCAAACCGGAAGAACCGGUGUACUACCCCCGAACCGUUGACAGCUUCCGCGAGCUGAGGUUCUGUUAUCCGCCUCUGCCUUUGCCCAUCGACAGAGCUCAUAUUCACCAGUGCUGCCACUGUCACUUCCACCCCAAAGUCAGACGCCACGCGCACCAAAACCAAAGCUCGCUAACGUGCUCUCUUUGUCCCACCCACGGAGCCACCUUUAGAAGAAGGAGCUCGAGCUCCCCCACAGCUCCCAGCGUAUACGACCACGUUUGCUGCAGCUAUAAAGUCCGCUCGCGCCCGCUGCCACUAUACACUCCCAGGUGCCAUCUCUAUCACAAGCCGCGAGCGGUUCGAUGCGCAUCCAAAAGGGACUAUGUGCGUAAAAGCGUAUCGUCCUGCCAGCCGAGCUCGAGAAUGACGCCGUGGUCAGCCUGCUGCACUAAAGUUUUGAAGAUGAUCCACUGUGACGCUUUCUCACAAAGCGAGCUGAGAAGAAAGUCUUGCCUUCUGAGUGAGAAGGGUGAUCGCUACUAUUACAAAAACCUCUUUAAGAAGCGAAUAAAUAUGCGAAACUUUAUGAAAGAAAUGCGAAGGUCCCAAAUAACCCUCAAGCCUUCUCAAGAUAAAUCAGAAGAUGAAGACAAAGACAAAAUAAGCGAAGAUAAUUCGAAAGAAUGUUGCCCAGAAAAUCUCACUGUAACCGAUUGCAAAAAUAUCGAAUAUUUAAGAAAAGAGUAUAUCUCUCCAUGUGCUGAAAAAUCCCCUUACGUGAAUCCUCCGCCUUGCUUAGACAAAGGCAACACCAUGAAAAUGCCGGAAGUCUCACCAUACUUAAAGACAAUGGAUACGUUGAAAGCAUUCUGUGGCCCACCGUGUCAUUUUCCUGAAAUCCCCCCAAAAAACGACGCCGAGAAGAUGGAUCGAAGCAAAAACAAAUCUGAUACAUUUGAUGACGAGGCUGUGGAAAUGAGAAAGAAGGGCGUCUAUUUGUCCACAGAAGGAAGCACGAGUGCAGUUCAAACUUCAGAACGUGGGCAUGGUCUCAGCAGUUCCAACCCAAGUUAUGACCAGAGAUGGGAUGUGUCAGAUCACCUAAUUAAAAUGUUUAGUCCUAGCUUAGAAACGCUCUCCAAGCCAGCUAACAAUAAUGUUUAUAUGGCAAGCUCCACCGAAGCGGUGGAGAACUGCAUUACAAAACAACUUGAUGCUACGGACAACGACCUGUAUCAGUGUCCCUGUGGUUUGAACUUUGUCUCCACAUGCCCCCUUCAAAGCGAAAUGGCCUUUAAUCGCAAGCGUGAGCUCCUGGCCUCUAAAAUCAAAGAAGACGGGAAUGUGAAACCCCAAUCGCAGGUUCUUCCUUUCGCAGGACCAUAUCUGUAUGAGGACAUUCACCCUCCCAGGUCACAAAUCAAAUCAGAAAGAUGCAAGCCCAAAAACGAUUUUCGUCACAGCAGCUUUUUGUAUGAAGAUGUCCUUAGAGACAAGUUCAUUCCAUCGAAAAACAAUAAUCAAGAAAAUUCUGUACAUAUUUUCAAAUCCGCCUUUAAAAAGUCCUCAAACGAUUAUGAAACGUCCCCAUUAAAGGCCAAUCAAAUAGCUAAUGAUGUCAUGAUCACUCUUCCCAAAGUUAGCUACAAGCCUCCUAUUUAUAAACACGGUGAAGGAAGCCGCUGUGCAAGUAGUCGGCGCUACGAUUCCAAUUUUAGUAAAUGUCUAAGGAAGAAUCCAAACUUGAAGCGAGCGACUACCCGAAUCUUGAAAACCUCUGCACCUUAUGGAGACAGCACAGAUCUUUUAAGGAAACCGUUAUCCAACAACCUCAUCUCUGAUCUAAACAGCAGCAACGUCUUUGUGAGUCGCUUACCGGAAGCCAUUGCACCGGCGGCUAGUAGUGGGUUGAGAACCACGAAUGACUUUACACUCACUUGUGGCAACAGACACAACACUCAGCUGCUGACUCUCCAACACAGCCAUAUCAGUGCCCAAACAUCGAGCUUGCUCUAUGGGUCGACUAACUACGGGGGUCUUCUGAAUUUUAACCCGAAGAGCGCGCUUCUUCAAGAUUUUAACAAAUCCAACGCAACCUCGAACAUCAGCGCAGCACCAUCACACAAUUCACUUGGGUCUUAUUACAAUACACUAGACACCAGAACAUGCUUCAGUGGUAACCUGUCUACACCAUACAACUCAAGGAUGCCUUUCCCAUAUAACAACGCCGAGAAAAGUCUGGUGACGCCAAACUACCGCAAAACCAGCAUUGCAUCGAGAUCAGGCCGAAUGUAUUAAGUUUCUUUCUAAUGUCACCAAAAUGACAAAGUAAGCCAUUGAAUGUUUAGCACGGAGUGUCAUCAGAUAACUCAAUAGAUCUUGUAUAAAUAUUGUC